AUGGGUCUGUUCCUCCUCGAUUAUGGCGCUGGAAACGUCCAGAGCCUCGCAAACUCGAUUAAUUCUCUUGGGCAUCAAUUCCAAUGGAUAAAGGAACCUUCAGACUUCGCAAAGGCCACCAGCCUCGUCUUUCCAGGCGUCGGCGCCUUUGAGACUGCCAUCUCACACCUCUCGAGCCGUGGCCUUCUCGAGCCGCUAAAGGAAUACAUCGCCUCUGGCCGGCCUUACUUUGGGAUCUGCAUCGGAAUGCAGGUGCUCUUUGAGUCAUCAGCCGAAGCAACAUCUCGUGGAUUGGGCUUCAUCCCGUGCUCCAUUGACAGAUUCGAUGAUGAAUACAAGGCAGUCCCUCAUAUCGGGUGGAACGCAGCAGACCUCAUCACCAAGCAACAAGACGCAGAGGGCGUCGAUUCUUCUUCCUGUUACUACUUCGUCCACUCGUACUGUGCCAAGUACCAGCCGGAUGUCUACCCGGACGCGAUGCGAUGGGCUCAUACGACGACGCAGUACGGACAAGAGCUGUUCGUAUCCUCUGUGCGGAGGGGUAACGUCUUCGCGACCCAGUUUCACCCGGAGAAGUCUGGUAAAGCCGGUCUUGCCCUCCUCGACGAAUGGCUUCGAAAACCAGAGUCAGCACACACCCAUGCACCAGAAGCACCCCUCGUGACGCGUCUUCCAAAACCCACUCACAAACUGACAAAGCGUAUCGUCGCGUGCAUGGACGUACGAGCCAACGACGAUGGUGAUCUUGUUGUGACAAAAGGCGAUCAGUACGACGUCCGCGAAAAAGCAGCCCCACCCCCUGGGUCCGUCCUGGCCACCACGGCAGGCGCAGUACGCAACCUAGGCAAGCCCGUCGCGCUCACAGCACGGUACUACAACGAAGGCGCCGACGAGCUGUGCCUCCUCAACAUCACCUCCUUCCGCCACUCACCCCUGCGCGACCAGCCCAUGCUCGCCGUCGUGCGCGCAGCAGCCGAGACCGUCUUCGUGCCCCUCACCAUCGGAGGUGGGAUCAAAGAUACCGUCGACCCCGACGGCACAAAACGCAGCGCGCUCGAGGUCGCCGGCGCCUACUUCCGCGCGGGGGCCGACAAGGUGAGCAUCGGCUCCGAGGCAGUCUACGCCGUCGAGCGCCUACGCGCGUCGGGCAAGGGCGACCCCAACGGCGCGAUUGAGAGCAUAGCGCACGUAUACGGCAAGCAGGCUGUAGUCGUCUCCAUUGACCCCAAGCGCGUGUACGUCGAUCCCAGCACGUACGAGGGGCCGUACAAGGGCGAGCUGGUGUACGGACAGCAGGAGGGCGGCCCGGAGAGCGAGCGGGGGAAGGCGUGGUGGUACCAGUGCACGGUGUCAGGCGGGCGGGAGACGCGCGACUUGUCGGUGGUGCAGCUCGCGCAGGGCGUGGAGACCCUCGGCGCGGGCGAGAUUCUCGUGAAUAGUAUUGACCGUGACGGUACGGGGCUCGGGUUCGACCUCGGGCUGGUCAAUCUGAUCAAGAACGCCGUGAAGAUACCCGUCAUUGCCAGCAGCGGCGCCGGGACAGCGCAGCACUUUGUAGACGUGUUCAACGGGACGGGGGUAGAAGCUGCUCUGGCCGCGGGUAUCUUCCAUCGUGAAGAAGUGGGGAUCGCAGAAGUAAAGUCUGCAAUGAAGAAAGCGGGUAUAAACGUUAGAGAUUAG